GAGAAUCCUGCCGUGCUGGAGACAUUUUGGCUCCGAAGCGGCUGACAGAGUUAGCCGUCAGUCCAGCUCUCGGUUUCCUUGAGCUACAAACAUGUCCACCAUGGUGUAUCCACGGGAAGAGAAGCUGGAGAAGCUUUCUCAGGAGGAGAUCAUCUCCAACACAAAGCUGGUGAUCCAGGGCCUGGAGGCUCUGAAGAACGAGCACAACUCCAUCCUCCACAGCCUCCUGGAGACCAUCAAGUGCCUAAAGAAGGACGAAGAGGCCAACCUGGUGCAUGAGAAGUCCAAUCUCCUCCGCAAGUCAGUGGAAAUGAUCGAGCUGGGCCUGGGUGAAGCACAGGUGAUGAUGGCCCUGUCCAACCACCUGAACGCGGUGGAGUCGGAGAAGCAGAAGCUGCGCGCGCAGGUCAGGAGGCUGUGCCAGGAGAACCAGUGGCUGAGAGACGAGCUGGCCAACACCCAGCAGAAGCUGCAGAAGAGCGAGCAGAGCGUGGCCCAGCUGGAGGAGGAGAAAAAGCACCUGGAGUUCAUGAACCAGCUCAAAAAAUAUGACGAGGAUGUCUCACCCACUCAGGAGGAGAAGGACCGAGAAACUCCUAAGGACUCUCUGGAUGAUCUCUUCCCCAAUGACGAGGAGGAGCAAGGCCAAGGAAUGCAGCACCAACACAACAGUGCGGCCGUGGCUGCUGCCCAGCAGGGAGGCUACGAGAUCCCCGCCCGCCUGAGAACCCUGCACAACCUGGUGAUCCAGUAUGCCUCUCAGGGCAGGUACGAGGUGGCCGUGCCGCUUUGCAAGCAGGCUCUGGAGGAUCUGGAGAAGACAUCUGGACAUGACCACCCUGACGUGGCCACCAUGCUCAACAUCUUGGCCUUGGUCUACAGGGAUCAAAACAAAUACAAGGAAGCGGCUCAUUUGCUCAACGAUGCUCUCUCCAUCCGUGAAAAAACCCUGGGAAAAGACCACCCUGCCGUUGCUGCAACACUCAACAACCUGGCUGUGCUUUAUGGGAAGAGAGGAAAGUACAAGGAGGCCGAGCCUCUGUGCAAAAGGGCUCUGGAGAUCAGAGAAAAGGUCCUGGGGAAGGACCACCCAGAUGUGGCUAAACAGCUGAACAACCUGGCCCUGCUGUGUCAGAACCAGGGCAAGUACGAGGAGGUGGAGUAUUACUACUGCCGUGCGCUGGAGAUCUACGAGUGCCGGCUGGGCCCAGACGACCCCAAUGUGGCCAAAACCAAGAACAACCUGGCAUCCUGCUUCCUCAAACAGGGGAAAUACAAGGAGGCCGAGAUUCUGUACAAAGAGAUCCUGACUCGCGCUCAUGAGAAAGAGUUUGGAUCUGUUGAUGCUGAGAACAAACCCAUCUGGAUGCACGCAGAGGAAAGAGAGGAGAUGAGCAAGGGCAAGCACAGAGACAACACUCCAUACGGAGAGUACGGUGGCUGGUACAAGGCCUGCAAAGUCAACAGCCCCACAGUGAACACCACCUUGAAGAACCUGGGUGCCCUGUACCGCCGGCAGGGAAAGCUGGAGGCCGCCGAGACCCUGGAGGAGUGCGCCGUGAGGUCUCGCAAGCAGAGCAACACAGGCAUCGACCCCAUCCACCAGUCACGUGUGGUGGAGAUCCUGAAAGACACAGAGGGCGACAGGCGGAGGAGCCGGGACAGCCUGACCAGCGUUAAGUAUGAGAGCGGCUCUGAGACCGGCGAGGAAGUGAGUAUGGGCGUGGAGUGGAAUGGGGCCUAAGCCAUCAAGAUUAUCCCUCCAUCCUUCUCUCCUUCCCCAACACAAUAGCAAACGGAUGUGUGUUGUCGUACCCUCUGGCCUUCUCUGUCCCAACCAAACCAACAGCUCCUCUACCAUUGGUGGUGCCCGCCUGCGGCAGAGACUCUGAACAGCCCCUCCUCCUCUUCCUCCUCUUCCUCUGUCUCUCCUGUUCAGCUGGUAUCUGCUGGGACGUUUGGUCUCCUCAUCUCUGCUCUCUCCUCUCUUUAACCCUCUCCAGACUCACUAACCCGUCUCGUCCACCUUGUUGUCGGAAAGUCGUCACUUCAGAGUCUCACUUUAUUAGCGUUUAGAAAGAAGUCGUCAUCCUGGGCGUCGACGUUCCCCCCCCCCCGAGGAAGUCGUUCGCUCAUUUUCCUUCUAACUUCAGCACCCGUGUGUAGUUUUGUCAUGGCAGCGUUGUUCAUUCUUCUGGAUAGUUUGGAGGAGCAGGGUUGGCGUUAGAAGGACGUGGAACAGGGACGAGUGUUUAAUCCAGACGUCCAGACGAAGAGGUCGCUCUAUUGAAUCGACAUGUUACAGAUGGAUCCCUUCAGCUGCUCGGAAUUGGUCUCACUUGCUUCAACAUUCACCGUCAAGUUUCCAGCCCGGUGCCUGUAUUUAGCCAUAACAGUACUUUGUUGUUCGUUUUGAACUAAAUUUAUUUUAUUUUCAAGUAUUAUUUGCAUUUUCUGUUAAUAACAAAUGCCUGUGAUCAAAUGGUACUGUGUAGUUUGACAUCCUGCAGUCCUGUCAGUGAUGGAAGAGAAGGGAGUGUUGCCUUUUUUUUGUUUCGUUUUUUUUUUUUAUAGAUGUAUUUCCUGUUAAUUAUGUAUGACAUUGUUUACAUUUUUGAUACUUUUGCUUAUUUCAUGGCUGAAUAUAAAGGCCUCUCAGUGGUUAAAGACCAGAAGACGCUGAGGCUGAUCUUUAUGAGCCCUUGUUGCCAUGGCAAUUCACGUCGGAGUCGGCGUCCUUGGUGUGACGGCUGUGCGCCGUCAGCUUGUGCACACAGCCCGCAUUUACAAAGGGAAUAGCGACAGCAGAGUCCAGAAGUGGAGCACAAACGCUUGAUGAUUAGAAUAAUGACAGAUUUCAGAAUAAUGGACGCAGCGGCCUCGAUCAGUUGAAAGAGUAGGAGCUUUGAUUUAACGUGUCUGGACUCCCUCAGUCGUGUUGGUGUUUGUGUGUGUUUUCGGUGGUACCCUUCACAGUGCCCGGUCUGACUAUGGAUACUGUAUUUUGAACACAAAGCUCAAUGGAGUGUUGCCUUUCUUUUUUUUCUUUUUCCUUUUUCUCUUCGCUUUGUUUUUCUUACACAGUUGGUGGAGAAUCAUGUGUUUAAGCACCAGACGUACCGUGCGAGUGUUUCCUCCUGAUCAAACAUGCUAUUUCAGAUGUCUCAACUAACUGAAUGUAAAUGACCUUAACAUCUUGGAAGUGUACCUGUAGACUGUAUUUAUAGAUUUGACAAGUGCAUUCGCUACGCGGCUUUUCAAUAUGCUACUUGCCUUGAUUCUUCAUUCCUUCCAACAAGUACCACCUAUACUUCUAAUGCAACAUCCAAACUAAAGAUUCAGCUGUGUUCACCACAUAAUUAUUGCAAUAUUGUUGUGUUAGUGGAAUGCUUAUUUAUUGAUCUGUCUAUUCUCAACAUAUAUAUAUAUAAAUAUAAAUAAAUAUAGUGUGACUUCAGUUUCCUAAAGCAAAAGAACAUAAAUGGUAAGUUCUGUAAGCACUAUCUUAGUAAGUAGGACUGCAUUAUAUUUACCAUUCUGCAUUGUGAAGAUGAUUGCAUCAACACUUGUUGGUAUUCUCAAAUAAAGUUUUUCAUUUGUGACGUCUGUGUUUCUCUCUGUAUGCGACGGAAACCUAGAAUUUCACCAGAGGACACUUGAUGUUUCAGCUGCAGGGCAGCACAGAGGUUCAUUAACUCUCCAGGGUUUGUUCACAGCGCCUCCUGCUGGUGAGACCUCGGUACUGGAGUUCCACUCGUUUGGCCACAUGCAGCCCAGUUUGAUCUUCAACUGAAACACAAAAAUAUAUCAAUCGAAAACUGAUAACAAGUACAGUUUUCAAUAAGGAGAGCAUUCUGUAGAUGUUCCAAGUUAACACUGUUUUUCCUCAACACCUGCCUGUUUCUGUGCCUAUUUUUAUUUGCACGUACUAUACUAUCGUCUGUUUAUGCACCCGUUAGAGCAGAUGGUGUUUCACAAACACACUGGCAGUUUAUCAGUGAAUGGGUGGAUGGAUCAAUCAACUGGGUUUAAGCGAAGCAUUGUGCUGAUUUAUUGGUUUCUCCCUCACUCUCAUUUCACAGUUUAUGAAAUGUAACACACUGAGAAAUGUUCGCUGCUCAUCUCCCAAACCGUUCGGUGGUCUGUCGUUGUUACAUUAAUAAUAAUAAUUAAAAAAAAAAUAAUAAAAAAAAAAAAAAUUAUUCCAGGCUCAUUCA